GACUAUCCAAGUUUUUAGUGUUUUUUUCAUGAAAUGCAAUUUCAUAAAGCAGACAGUCGACUAGGCAAUCACAGACAUUAAUAAUCCAUUAGGCAAUUAUUUCGGAUACGGGAUUGGACAAUUAUUAAUCCAGGGUGUGGUCUUGAAGCAGAGAAUUUGUGGAAAUGGACAAGCUUAAUCGCUGCCCUGCCAAUUACACACCUCUAUCACCUAUAGUUUUUCUGAAGCGAGCUGGCAGUGUGUACAGAGAGCACACGUCUGUUGUAUAUGGCUCUGUGCGGUUUACUUGGGCUGAGACACUUGACCGUUGCAUUAGGCUUGCUUCUGCUAUCUCUUCUCUUAAUAUUUCAAAUGGGGACGUUGUUGCAGUAGUGGCUCCCAAUAUUCCAGCAAUGUAUGAACUGCAAUUUGGAGUACCAAUGGCAGGGGCAGUGCUUUGUUGCUUAAAUGUUCGUCAUGACGCACGCACAAUGUCAGUGCUUCUGAGACACUCUGAGGCAAAGGUCAUUUUUGUAGACUUACAGUUCUUAGAAGUUGUUCAUGAAGCUUUACAUCUAUUGUCACAACAGAAAAAUGCAAAGGUUCCUAUUCUGGUACUGAUUCCUGAACUGAAUAGUAGACAAAAUUCCCAAUAUACAGACCCUGCAUACUUAACUUAUGAAAGCCUUCUGAGCAAUGCAGACAGAAACUUUAAAAUAAGGUGGCCUGAGGAUGAAUGGGAUUCCAUUGCACUAAAUUACACAUCUGGCACUACUUCCAGUCCAAAGGGGGUCGUAUACAGUCACAGAGGUGCUUAUCUCAAUGCUCUUGCAUCUGUUUUGUUAUGUGAAAUGAUGUCCAUGCCUGUAUAUCUCUGGACAGUCCCAAUGUUCCACUGCAAUGGCUGGUCAUUUGCAUGGGCCAUAGCUGCACAGGGUGGCACAAAUGUCUGCCUAAGAAAUGUAACAGCAAGUGCAAUAUUUGAUGCCCUUGUAGAGCACAAAGUUACACACUUAAGUGGUGCACCCACAGUCUUAAGCAUGAUUGCAAAUGCUCAACCCCAUGAAAGAAAGCCUGUUCCCCACAUUGUGCAGAUAGUAACUGGUGGUGCCCCGCCACCGGCAGCUGUUCUGUCCACCAUGACUAAGCUUGGCUUCCACAUGAUUCAUUCAUAUGGCCUCACUGAAACAUAUGGCCCCUCAUCUGUCUGUGUAUGGAAACCCCAAUGGGACUCUCUGCCAGAAGAACAGCAGGCCAAGUUGAAGGCUAGACAAGGUGUCCCACACCUUGGGCUGUGGGAUAUUGAUGUUAAGAAUCCAGAAACUAUGGAGAGCGUUAAUGCUGAUGGGAAAGCAAUUGGGGAAGUCAUGAUCAAGGGUAAUACCGUCAUGAAGGGAUACUUGAAUGACGUAGCUGCCACUGAGGCUGCUUUUGAUGGGGGGUGGUUUAGGACAGGUGAUUUAGGGGUCAUGCAUCCUGAUGGGUAUAUUGAGCUCAAAGACCGGUCUAAGGAUAUUAUUAUCUCAGGGGGUGAAAAUGUUAGUACUAUUGAGGUUGAAUCUAUCCUAUACAAUCAUCCAGAGAUUCUAGAGGCUGCUGUUGUGGGGCGCCCAGAUGAGUACUGGGGGGAAACCCCUUGUGCCUUUGUGAAGCUCAAGGGACCCAAGCAGGUUACUGCAGAAAGCAUCAUUGCUUUUUGUCGUGCAAGAUUGCCACAUUUUAUGGCUCCAAAGACACUGAUAUUUCAGGAUCUGCCUAAGUCUUCGACAGGGAAAAUUCAGAAGGUUGAGCUUAAGCAGAAGGCAAGGGCUCUGGGGAGCAUCACAAAGCGUCAGAGCAAACUCUAAAUUGACCUAUGUUCUAUGUAUCUGAUGCCACCUAUAGGUCUGUCAUAUUAAUACAUUUGUAUUGUCAGCCCAUUGUAUCAUUUGGUACAUUUCUGGACUCUGAAAUGUGGAAUUUAUCCUUUCACGUAAAGGUCUAAUGGAGGGGACUUAAUAAUUUACUUAGUUUGGAAAUUAAAACUAUAUUAGAACAGAAAUUCA